GCCUAGUGGUUUUUUCAAGCCUAACAGGGGAUUAAAACAGAGUGACCCCCUCUCCCCUAUACUGUUUAUUCUCAUUUCAGAAGUUCUCUUCAAACACUGUAACAAACUGUUCAGGGAAGGUAAAUGCAUUCCUUUUCAUACUUAUCCUGGUCAGCCUAUUGUUUCUCAUCUCAGCUACGCGGAUGAUUUGGUUAUAUUUUCUAAUGCAGGUAAAAGAUCUCUCACAGCCUUGAAUGCUUGCAUCCAAGAUUACGAAAAGCUCUCUGGAAAGGAGCACUCCAACAAUGAGGGGAUUUUGCACCAUCAAAUUACCGUCAAAGAAGCCUAUCACCACCCUUCCUUUUUUCAAGAGAUAUAGACUAUGAUGCCUGAACACAUUCUUAAUAGCAUCAAUAAUAUUAUUAUCAUUUCUUUUCAACCAAUGACAUCAUGGUUUGGACCCUUACUCCUGCAAGAUCCUACUCCUUUAAAAGUGCCUAUGAGGAAAUCAGGCCUAAAAGAGGUAUUCAUAAUAUCAUUCAAAACAUUUGGAAUAAAAACAUUCCUAUUAAAAUCUCUUUCUUCAUGUGGAAGGUGAUAAACAACUUGCAACCUUUUCAGGAAAAAUUACACAUCUUUGGCAGUCAUGGCCCCUUUAAAUGUCCCUUUUGCAAUAAUGUUGAUACAACAGACCACUGUUAUUAAUAUCGUGAAUCAUUACAGUGAGUCUCUAAAUUCUAUUUUAAAUCACUGGUUCACUGCCAAAGAUGAUUUUGAAAAUCUUAAUAGCCAGGUUGCUAUCUACAUUUGUUGGAUUGUUUGGAAAAGAAGAAACAUGUACAUAUAUGAUGAUAUCGAUAUUUUAAUUUCUGAGGCUAUUGAUAUUAUCAAUAAGGAGAUUCAGGAUGUUAGUUGGGCCAAACCAUUUGUCACCAAAGCCACUGAUCCUCCCAUUUUAGACAUCCAUAUUAUUAAACUCAAGUUGAAAGUUAAAAAACAUACCAAUCGAGUUCUUAGUUGGGCUAGACCUACUGUCAACUUUAUCAAAAUUAACAUUGCCAUCAGAAUUACAAGGGACGAGAAUAUUAUUUCUGGAAUCAUCAUUCGGGAUAGCCAGGGACACAUGAUACAUUACCAGUUCAAUACUCAACACUCAACACUCAUAAUGACUACACUUCCAUAUUUUGUGAUAUUGUUAUCAGCCAGAAAAAUCUGUUUCAUGCUAACAGGUACACUAACAUCAUCCUCGAGAGUGACAGAUUACAGGUACUCAAGACUAUUCAAGGAACUGAAAGCCCAAGGUGGACAGCAAUAACAAACCUUCACGCCUUUAAAGAAAUAUGUCAUUUGUUCAUUUUGACUAUUCUUACAUAAAGAAAUCUUGUUAUAGGGUGGCUUAUUUUGUUGUGAUUAUUGCAAACUUAAUUACUAAUAGCCCAAACUUCACACAAAUUUUCAGGGUAUUCUCAAAUGUGAUGCAAUUAGCUACCCUUAUGUUGUGUAAUUUUGGUAGGUUUUGGCAAAAUGUCCCCCUACCAUGUACUUUUUUCCAUGAAUAAACAAGUAAGGUGCUCUUAUCAAAAUAAUACACACACACACAAACACACAUAUUCAGUGUUUUAAAUAGUCGGCCGCUACGGCUUUCAAGGCCGUCAUAUAGUGGUCGCGGUAGUGGUACGGGCCGCUAUCAAGGUGUGAUUUUCAAAUCGCAGAAAAAUCCGCUAAGCACUACAUUACCGCUACAGUCCGCUACGCCGCCCGCUACAAGAUGCUAUCGGCACCUCCGGCUGUGCAUCACGAACUAGUCAUGGACCGGGCCCGGUCCGGUUUCGGUUCGGGCCUGGAGGUGUUGGAGUGAAGCCCGGAACCGGCCCGGGCCCGGUUAUUUUUUUU